AUGCGGCCUGUAUCCGACUUCCACUCAGAAUCGUUGUGGAGUUGCGUCUGCUACCUACUAACCGAUCCCGGAGGGAUGCGGGACAAAGCAGAAAUAAGCAUUACCAAUAGUAUAGCUUCAUAUUCACUCCUGCUCUUGAUUCUGACAAUACAUCUUUACCCACUCCUGUUUCGACAUGGAGCGCGUGCUCCCACCGAUAGACUAUCAAAUGAAUCGUUUCAUGAGUACUUUCCCAAUGGUCUCGGAGAGUUGACAAAUAUAGGAAUUCAAGGCAGUUUUGAACUUGGGAAAUUCCUCAGAAGUCGAUACAUCGAUACCGGUUUCUUGAAGGAUCCCAUCCUACCAUCACAGGCUCUACGCGGUUCGAAAGUCUCACAAGGAUGGCGAUUUGUAGGCAGAACUUCGGCCUCGGAACGGACCAAAUCGCCGUCCUUUUCUCUUUCUCGAAGCUGUCAAUUGUCUCAUCAGAAGUUNCAGGUAGAUAACUUUAUCAUCGGAUCUGGUGAAUAUCAUAAUCCUGAAAUUCUUCGACUUAAAUGCGGGUAUCUUCUCCAUACAAUACUUGAGGAUCUGAAAUCGAGUCACCUGGAUCGAAAAAAGUUCAUGGCCUAUUCGACGCAAGACUGGCUUAUGCAAGCUUUCAUGGAUGCGAUUGGAAUUCGAGCAGCAGCAAUCGGUAGCUACUCCUCACCCUCUUACAACUCAAUGAUUAUUCUAGAGCUGAGAAAGGUCAACCAGCUACCUAUAAUCAAGGUAUGUCUUUACUACUACGAACACAAGCAGGGUGAAGGGAAAGAGGCUAUACUCAAAUCAGCGGCAGCUCACGUGAGCGUCUGGCCUAAAUUUAAAAGUGAAAUGAAAGCCACCAGGUUGGAGAAUGGAUGA